GCUGCUGAUUACUACUAGUAUUGACAGAGGCUGCUGGAAUAAGCUAGCUCCUACAUACAGGACUUGUCUAUUCAAAAUUCCAACACCACCACCUCCGCCUCCUCCUCCUCCAACCGCCCUCUUCUUCAGUCCUCCUCUUUAAGAAUCGACGAAAUCUCUGCCUUGUCCAACCAAAAAAGAAUUAAUAUUCAUAAAAAAGAAAAGAAUAGAACUUCACCCACCUUCUUGAUCAGUCUAUAGUGAAUUUGGUGCUAAAAUACUAAUCCCGUUACUGCUACUGGUAAGCAAUCAGACAUGGCAGCGUGGGAGGCUGAGAAGGACAGGACAGUGUGUGUUACAGGAGCAGGGGGAUACCUGGCAUCUUGGGUAGUCAAGCUACUCCUUUCCCGCCAUUAUACUGUUCAUGCCACCCUCAGAAAGCCCAACGAUGAGAAAUAUGUUCAUCUGAAGAAACUUGACAAAGCAGCUGAGAAUUUGAAACUCUUUAAGGCUGAUUUGCUCGAUUACAAUUCCAUUUCUGCAGCCAUCAGGGGUUGUGAUGGCGUAUUUCAUGUAGCUAGUCCUGUUCCUUCAGGCUCUGUUCCCAAUCCUGAGGCAAGACCAUUUUCAAUCGUUUCAAUUGCUAUGAUAUUUCUUCCUUUUCGUUUCCCCAGAAUAACAUUUUUAACAUAUCUUUUGUUUAUGAGACAGCUAUUGUCAUAA